ACACACAUCCACACUCCUCGCCGGGCUGCCUUCCUCCCUCCCUCUUCCCCCUUCCCCUCUCCCUGCAGCCGCGUCCACACUGCGCCGCCCGGGCAGCCCAGAGCGCGGCGCGCAAGGGCACCGGCGGCGAGUGCCGCGGCCACUGCCCCUCCCGGGACCCCCUGUACGCCGUCCGCGGCCGUCCGGGGUCACACCGGCGACGGAACCCGCCGGCAGCAAUUAGCCAGCAUCCCGGGGUCGGCCCCCAGAAGCAUUCCCCGGCCCAGGACGAGGAUGAACAGGACAGGCGAGGCACAAAGUCGCAACUCAACUUUUUAGAAACAUUGUUUGUGUGUGUAUGUGUGUAGCAGGGGAGAAUGAGCUGAUGCCGAGGGUCCAGCCACCCCGCCUCUGCCUCCUCCUCCCCCUGCCGCCGCUGCCCUCGCAGACGCGCGCGCACACACGGCACUUGGGCCGGGUUUCCGCGCUCCGUCCCCCCGUUUGGAUGGGGGUUUUCAUUUCCGAAGGAGGCGCAGCCCGCGGAGCGCUCUGAAGGGCUGGAGCCCCAAGUUACUCCUCGCCAGCGCUGGCCGCCCGCUGUCACUCGCGCUGGCUGGCCGGGGGAAGGGACCCGCACACCGGGCUUUGUUGUGGAAAUCCCGGUUACCUGGCUUAUAACCCACACCAUGGAUAACUUAUUGGACUUUGCCUGAAAGGAGUCAUUAGUGACAUUGGAUAUUUGACCGUCUUGGCCACAGGUUUUUCAGAAUGAAUGGAAGAUCAUGCAGCAUGAGUCUCCACCGGACAUCGGGAACCCCACAGGGGCCUAGGAUGGUCAGUGGUCACCACAUUCCUGCCAUCCGAGCCCACUCCGGGACUCCUGGCCCCUCGCCCUGUGGCAGCACAUCGAGUCCCACUAUGGGAAGCCUUGCUAACAACCUCCAUCUCAAGAUGCCCUCAGGAGGAGGGAUGGCUCCUCAGAACAACGUGGCUGAGAGCCGCAUCCAUCUGCCUGCCUUAAGCCCCAGGAGACAAAUGCUCACCAAUGGGAAGCCGCGAUUCCAGGUCACCCAGGCUGGAGGCAUGUCAGGGUCACAUACUUUAAAGCCAAAGCAGCAGGAGUUUGGAAGCCCUUUUCCUCCAAAUCCUGGGAAAGGGGCUCUUGGCUUUGGGCCUCAGUGCAAGUCCAUUGGAAAAGGCAGCUGCAACAAUCUAGUGGUCACCAGCAGUCCCAUGAUGGUUCAGCGACUGGGACUCAUUUCACCUCCAGCAAGCCAGGUCUCUACAGCAUGCAACCAGAUCAGUCCUAGCUUACAGAGGGCAAUGAAUGCAGCCAACCUGAAUAUACCUCCUUCAGAUACCAGGUCCCUUAUUUCGCGUGAGUCUUUGGCGUCCACGACCUUGAGUCUGACGGAAAGUCAGUCGGCCUCAAGCAUGAAGCAGGAGUGGUCCCAGGGCUACAGAGCCCUCCCUUCGCUCUCCAACCACGGCUCUCAGAAUGGCCUUGAUCUAGGGGAUCUCCUUGGCCUUCCUCCCGGGACAUCCAUGUCCAGCAGUAGUGUCUCUAACUCAUUACCAUCCUACCUGUUUGGCAUGGAAAGUAGCCACUCUCCUUACCCUAGUCCUCGGCACUCAUCCACCAGGUCCCACUCGGCCCGCUCUAAGAAGAGAGCACUGUCCUUGUCCCCGCUGUCCGACGGCAUCGGGAUAGAUUUCAAUACCAUCAUCCGCACGUCGCCCACGUCCUUGGUGGCCUACAUCAACGGGUCGAGGGCUUCACCGGCCAACAUGUCCCCGCAGCCAGAGGUCUACGGGCAUUUCCUGGGCGUGCGCGGCAGCUGCAUUCCCCAGCCGUGCCCGGUGCCCAGCAGCCAGAAGGGCGUGCUGGUGGCCCCUGGAGGCCUGGCGCUGCCGGCCUACGGCGAGGACGGGGCCCUGGAGUACGAGCGCAUGCAGCAGCUGGAGCACGGCGGCCUCCAGCCAGGCCUGGUCAACAACAUGGUGGUGCAGCAUGGCCUGCCGGGCCCCGACAGCCAGCCGGCCGGCCUGUUCAAGACCGAACGCCUGGAGGAGUUCCCGGGCAGCACCGGAGACCUGCCCCCCGCGCCUCCGCUCCCUCCUCUGCCGCCGCCCCAAGGCCCCCCACCCCCUUACCAUGCCCAUGCGCACCUUCACCACCCGGAGCUCGGGCCCCACGCCCAGCAGCUGGCCUUGCCCCAGGCCACCCUGGACGACGACGGGGAGAUGGACGGCCUCGGGGGCAAGCAUUGCUGCCGCUGGAUCGACUGCAGCGCCCUGUACGACCAACAGGAGGAGCUCGUGCGGCACAUCGAGAAGGUCCACAUCGACCAGCGCAAAGGGGAGGACUUCACUUGCUUCUGGGCCGGUUGCCCUCGAAGAUACAAGCCCUUCAACGCCCGCUAUAAGCUGCUGAUCCACAUGAGAGUCCACUCCGGGGAGAAGCCCAACAAGUGUACGUUUGAAGGUUGCGAGAAGGCCUUUUCAAGGCUUGAAAAUCUCAAGAUCCACUUGCGGAGCCACACAGGCGAGAAGCCGUAUUUGUGCCAGCAUCCGGGUUGUCAGAAGGCCUUCAGUAACUCCAGUGACCGCGCCAAACACCAGCGGACGCAUCUGGACACGAAACCUUAUGCUUGUCAAAUUCCAGGAUGUACCAAACGCUACACAGACCCAAGUUCCCUAAGAAAGCAUGUGAAGGCACAUUCUUCCAAAGAGCAACAAGCAAGGAAAAAGUUGCGGUCCAGCACAGAGCUCCAUCCAGACCUGCUCACAGAUUGCCUCACCGUGCAGCCCCUGCAGCCGGCCACUUCCCCUAGAGAUGCUGCUGCUGAAGGGACCGUGGGACGCUCCCCUGGACCCGGGCCUGACCUCUAUUCAGCUCCCAUUUUCUCCAGCAAUUAUUCAAGCCGAAGUGGAACAGCUGCUGGGGCCGUACCACCCCCACAUCCUGUCAGUCACCCUUCUCCAGGACAUAAUGUACAGGGGAGCCCCCACAACCCCUCCUCCCAGUUACCUCCACUCACAGCUGUGGACGCAGGAGCUGAGAGGUUUGCACCUUCUGCUCCAUCUCCUCACCACAUCAGCCCCCGGAGAGUUCCAGCUCCUUCUUCAAUACUGCAAAGAACACAGCCUCCCUAUACCCAGCAGCCAUCAGGUUCACACCUGAAGUCCUAUCAGCCAGAAACAAACUCUUCUUUUCAACCAAAUGGUAUCCAUGUCCAUGGAUUUUAUGGGCAGCUGCAGAAGUUCUGUCCCCCACAUUACCCCGAUUCCCAGAGAAUUGUGCCGCCUGUCAGCUCCUGCAGUGUGGUGCCUUCGUUUGAGGACUGCCUGGUCCCUACAUCCAUGGGCCAGGCCGGUUUUGAUGUUUUCCACAGAGCCUUCUCGACUCACUCGGGCAUUACAGUGUAUGAUUUACCUUCAAGUUCCUCGAGCCUCUUUGGGGAGUCUCUUCGCAGCGGGGCUGAAGAUGCUGCCUUCUUGCAGAUCAGCACUGUGGACCGCUGUCCCAGCCAGCUCUCCUCUGUCUACACCGAAGGCUAAAAUCUCUCUUGGCCACUCCUGCACACCCAGGACCUUGAUGUUGCUUGCCACCUUUUGUUUUCGUACUCUCACAGACUGCUUGAGGAAGGAUGUCAGCCCAAUUAGCGGGACCUGCAGAGUUACUGAUGUUCUUUCAGAAGGCAGGACUGAAUGGCAGAGCUAGCGUUGCAGGAAUCAUUACAGUUGCUCCUUUUUCUCUCUGGUUUUCCUGGACUACGUGACCAGGAGGACUGUCUUUUCAAAGGGAAUUUAGAGCCUCACUCUACUGGAUACCUGUUACUUCCUGGCUGUCAACCCUUAAAGGACCCCAAUGAAAUGAUGUGCAUGUGAAAAUGUAGUUUGGGGAUGACUCUACCUGAAAACUCCAAACAGGGAAAAAGACCUCAAUUACGAGAGGCAUAGUGACCUGCCUCACCUAAUCCUCACCCUUGCUGCUCCUGAUGCAAAGCCAGGCACAACAAGGGAAAUCCAUGUCCAAAGCAUAGUGUGGUCUCAACUCUUAGAAACUCCCUGGGUUUCCCUUUUCUCUUAGCCACAUGCUAACCAGUUGCUUCUCAGUGUUUCUUCAAUAGAAAAAUAAGGUUUUAUAUGCCAGCAGCCUAUCCUUGUUUUUGCAUUUUUAAGACUUAGUUAUUUAUACGUACUUUAAAAUGAAAAAAAAAAUGUAAAGGUCUGUUCUUUGGAUGGAAAUCAUUAUUAUUGUAAUCACCCCAGCUAUAGACAUUUUGCACAGCUGUGGUUCUGCCUGGCCCCACCUCUGGCAUGUUAGUUUUGCAGUUAGCAAAGGUUACCUGAGGGAAAUGGAGUGGGCACCUCCCGCACCAACAGUCCUGUAGCUGGAACCUUCCUGGGUUGACUGUUUAGUAACUCCACCUCAAAGACUUUGUUCAAAGAAAAAUGUUGUUUGACUGGUUUACCCAUUGCCUCCACUCUGGUGCUGCACCCAGAGAAGUGCCAGAUGUGAGAACUGGGACAGACUGAGUCAUGUGCCAGCUUCCCUUGGAAAACCAAACCUAUUGAUACUUGACUUCCAGUCCUCAGAUUUUACUAACGUUUUUCAGGAUAUCCACUCAUCUGUCUGUCUCUUCCCUACACUUCUCUCCACCCUCUUUUUGCAUCCCUCUUACCCUCUUCCUGACUGUGGUCCAGAUAUCCCCACCAGCCGCCAUUGUCUGAUCAUCUUGGGAAGGUAGAGGUGACAGUUCUCGAAAAGUCUACAGAAAGAGGCAAUUCUUUUUCUGAGUUCCAGUUUGAAGGCCUGGAAUUUUCACAUAGCACUUGGUCGAAAAUAUCAAGCCUAAAUAGGAAGUCAUUUUCUGUGACACCUCUACAUAGCUAUAGAUCCUAAGUCCUAGGGCAUCAGCUAUAAAAAUUGGCCAGUCCCAAAGACACAGUAAGUUCUAACAUUCUGGUACUAUCAUAUUUCAAGUAUUUUUUCUCACUUUUUAAAAAUGUUUUUCUGAACAAAAGUGAAACAAUGCCAUUUGUCAAACUGAGAUCAUUACAAUCUUCAACAAGACAACUAAAACAGCUUGAUGUUAGAUGGGAUUCUGUGACAGUUUGUAUACUGACAGGUCCUUCCAGUCUCCCUCCACAGUCCCACAAUCAGAAAUAUUCUACCUGAUUCCAGAGUUCAUUGCAACAUGCAGUAGAAUGAGGUGAAUGAAGAACCAAGUGUGGGUUUUGUUUUCACAGUGCACUUGGUCAAUCUAGUUUCUCUGAGUAGUGCGCUGUAUUCUAAGAAAAGCUUUCAUGUAGACGUCAAAGUCUGCAAAAGAGAUGAGUUAGCCACUUUACAAAAACCUGCUCUGCUUUACAAAAGAUGCACACCAGGCUUCCUUUAGAAGUGAACUCCAAGGCUGCUUGUAAAGUACCACCCUUCUUGCAGACUUUGUGGGUCGUGUCACUUGGCCUAAACAAGUGGCCUAACGUAUGCAUGCUCACAGCUAGUAGCAUCCCUCAUGCGUCCUUUGUCAUACUCUGGAAAGAAAAAAACUCUGCUAUCUUCAGAGAAACCAUCUAUUCAUACUUAAAUAUGGAAGCCUUUACAAGGAACUCAAAAUACUUUUCAUUUCAUUUGUACAAUGAGAAGAAAGAUGAAAAGGCAAGGUUGUUAUUGCAGUUGACAUUGUCAGUCCUGCCUUUUGGCUUUAUGUAAUUUAAAAUAGAAAGGGGGAAGGAGGACAAAACAGAAGCUCAACUUUAGAAACCAUGGACAUCACCUCCCUCUUUGAGAGGAGCUGCUUGUGAACCAGGCUCCAGUCUUCCUGUGGCCUCUCACAGUAACCCUGCCCCUUUCUUACCUCACAGGGGCAAGAGGGACUCUAAAGAGGGCGUAAGCAAUAGAGGCACCUGCAGCCCUCCUUCCUCAGCAGGAAAUCAAUGUGGAGCCCCAGAGGGACAUUUUAUCUCAGAGAGAGCAUGCUGGCCGCAGGACCCAGUGCAGCCCUGCUUCCCGCACCGUGGGUCUUUCCUGAUAGCUGCAGGCUUGAGAUUGCGGCCUCAGGAUAGGACACGUUCAGAUGCCUUCCAGACUACACACACUAUGCUUAGAUUCCAGAGUCUUUCCUGACCUUAAAGUUUGUCCCUUGCUUACUUUCACACUGCAGAAGAUUUAUAUAUAUAUUCAUCAUUAUUUUUGCAGCACUACAAGUGGAAACUUCAAAAAAAUCAUUCCCUUUCAUGUCCUCGUCUUUUUAAGUCUUGAUAUGUAACCAUUUUCAUAAAUAUCCAAACAGAGAUUGUCAUUCCCCUUAAAAACAGAAACAAAACACAAAACUAGUGCUUGUGAAAACACACAGCGCAAAGACAAUUAUCCUAUUGCAUUAAAAAAAAAAAAUCAGUCUGCCUAGAGACAUUUCAUUGGCUGCAUUGUCUUAAUUCCCUAACGAAACUGCAUCAAAAUGUCAGUUGUAAUUUAGCCUCUGAUCAGCUGUUAAAUAUUAUUUAAAUAUUUACAGGUCCUGUGGGGUAUCUCCCAUUACCCAUGUCGCCCUCAAAUUACAUAAGCGAUCAUAAAAUAAGAAGAAAAAUAAAGGUCUUUAGUAGAUCACAGCAGAGUUACCACUGAUAAGAGUGUUGGCUUUGUUCAGUUGUUUCUAAAUUACCAGCCGUCAAGCACAGCAGCACCCUAAAACCAAUUUUGAGCAAGGAUAAAUUCAACUCCCUCAUCUGAGAACCUUGACUUUCUAGUUGCCUUGAUGUAUUGGGAAUAGUAACUGUACGUUUUCAAUUUAAUUAUUUGGUAUUUUAUUUGACUGUCUUGGCCAUGUCAUUUUAUAGAAGCAUUUUUAAAUAGCACUUUUUGUUAGUGGUGUGGAAUUUCUGCGGUUAUUAUUAUUAUUAUUUUUUUUUGCAACAGAUGAAGCAAAAAAAAAAAAAGCACUCAUUGGAGAAAUAGUGAGUGUAAAAAGAGAUUUAUUUUGUACAGACAGCAAAGUAUCCUGUGUAAUGUUGCUGACAUAAAGCACUUUGGGGGAAAAAAGUGGAAAUCUGUUUUCCAUAAAUCACACAGACUCUUGUACAUAGUUAUAUACACUCACGUAGAGAAAUGAACUGCAUAUAUCAUACUGGAUAUGGGGCCGAUUUUACUCUAGAGGCACAUCUGGUGCUUAUUGUCAUAAAUCUUUUAAAGAAUUAGGUACACUUUUUUCUAUUAAUAUGUAUAGUUUUGUGAUUUGUCACAGUUAUGUUUCAUAUAAUCAUAAGUUAUUUUGUCUUGUUCAUGAAGUCCUUUUUUUAUGUCAAAAGUAAAAUGAAGGGAUUGUGCACUUGGUACAGAAUAAAACUGGAAAUAGAGGAGACGCCCUCCUGCCUAAAAUCCUCCUUCAGCCUGUCGGUUUAAAACACAAUGGCAACCAUCAUUGUUUGUUUGUUUGUUUGUUUUGUUUUACCAUCAGCCUCUUACAUACUGGGAAUGGUAAUUAUAAUUAAAGGCAGAUGAUGCGGGAGGGAAUGUUCAAGUCCAGCUUUAAAAUGCCGCAUUGCUUUGGGCCAGAGCUGUAGCCUGGAUUUAAUUAUAGAUAUGAGGAGGAAAUGGCAGUAAAAAUGAAAGUCUCCCUGAAUCCUUUACAUGUUGGGAGUGUCCAUAAAUAAAACAUGAAGUUUUAUUUCAUCAGAUUUAAUUAAAGCUUUUAUACAUGUUU